UUUGGCUUUUUUUUAAGAAAAAAACAAUUAUUUUACCAAACAAUACCAACUUUUACUUUCUCGGUUUUCGUGCAGAAUCUCCUUUUUACUUUUUCUAUUACACAAAAAACACUUAUUUUACCAAACACUACCAACUCUUACUACUAAUCACUUUUUUCCCAAAAGUGCUUUUAUUUAAGCACAAUCCUUUCCGAACAGAGCCAUAGUCUCCGUUCUAUUCAACCACUCCUUAAGUAACAAUUUUUUACCUGGCCGGCCCCAUAUCUCAAAUAAUCCGGGAUUAACAAAUAAAUACUCCGGAACUGAUUGUGGCGGCAUGACGGCGGUGAUGAGUCUAUUGCUUUUCUGAGCAUUCUUCUUCAUUCAUCUUUCUUCGCGAACGGGAAUCUCGACUCAAUUGUCUGAUGUGCCAGGCUCCAACUUUUUUAGUACAUGGGAUUUUAAUGCUUUCGAUCCCUGCAGUUUCACCGGCGUUUAUUGCCAAAACGCCGGCAACGGCUAUAUUAAGGUCUUUGCGUUAAAUCUCGGUGAACAGAGCGUCGGGUCGCCUGGUUUGACGGGUCGGCUUGACCCGGCUAUUGGCAAUUUAUCUAGCCUUGAAACUUUACGGUGAUGCCCGGGAAGGUAUACGGUGCAUUGCCGGAAAGUCUCUCGCGAUUAGUCAACCUCAGGUUUCUUGCAGUCACCAGAAACUAUAUCUCCGGGCAGAUUCCGGCGUCUCUCGGUCAGCUCAGGGUGCUAGAGACGCUUGACCUCAGCAGCAAUCAGAUCAACGGGAACAUUCCUCCGGCAAUAGGAUCACUGCCGGCGCUGAAAAACGUCAUUCUUAAUCACAACGAUCUGUCCGGUCCGGUCCCUGCUUUCGCCUCCGCUGCUCUGUUCCGGCUUAAUCUCGACCACAACCAUCUUUCCGGUCCUCUCCCGCCCAAUGCUUUCCCUCCAUCGCUUCAAUACCUCUCUUUAUCAUGGAAUCGGCUGAAUGGACCUGUGAACCGGACUCUUUCCGGUUUGACCGCUUUGAGCUUUCUCGAUCUCAGCUUCAACCAGUUCACCGGCGAAAUCCCACCGGAAGUCUUCAGUUUCCCAAUCACCGGAAGUCUUCGACUUAACCGAAACUAUUUCUCCGGGAAUGUCUUACUCUUACCGUCUUCCCCGCCGGUGAACAUCCCCACCGUUGACCUCAGCUACAACGGUUUGUACGGUGAAAUAUCUCCUCUGUUUUCCCAGGUAGAGGAAUUGUACCUCAACAAUAACCGAUUCAUGGGUGAGGUCCCGAAUGAAUUCGUGGACGGGAUUCUUUCAGGUAAGAUACUUUUUCUCUACUUGCAGCAUAACUUCCUCACCGGAAUCCCCAUAAAUGCGGCGGACACUAUUCCGGCGAACGUAACUUUGUGUUUGGUUUAUAACUGUAUGGUUCCGCCGGUAGCAACCGCUUGCCCGUUGAAAGCCGGGAAUGUGAAGUCGAGGCCGACUGACCAGUGCAAAACAUGGAACGACAAAAUAGAACGUCUGGAGUGAAGGCUAAAAUAGGAAAUUCACUGGAUUGUGUUGGUGUAAAUGUGUAUUCAUAAUACUAGUGUAUAAAACAGAGCAAGCCAUGCAGAUAUUGAUGUGGGGCUUGCAAUUUUGCAUGCAUAAUGCAUAGAUGCACAAAUCUAGUGGAGUUUUUGACAUUAUUUGCUUCAGAAGAUGAUAUGUGAUGAAAAUGAAAGUUGUUAAAUAAAUGCUUGUGUUAAUUAUGUACUUGUAAUGUUUGUCUCCACUUAAAAUCGAUUUGUAUUAUGAUUGUUCUAUGAAUUUUA